AAAACAAAGGCUCGCCUUCAGGGCUGGUCAUUUCAAAUUAGUACAACCACCACACCAACUUGCCAGCUUCCAAGCCAGCUUCCAAUGAACUCACCCCACGGCAUCGAGGACUGGGAGGCACCAGUAUCGGAGGUCCGAGAUUGGACAUAUACCCUAGCGAGUACGAUCGCAUAUACCGAGGAGUCGUCACUGAUGGCCACAUUGCCGAUAGGCACUUUCGGCCUCGAGAAUGUUGUAGCGUGGAGGGAUAGGGCAUUGGCGACUCCUCGGAGUGAGAGAGCUGUAAUGCUGCUUACCUGUGAGGGAGAGAUUUUGGUGAGUGCGUUGUUCUUGUACCGAAACUGGAGAGCUCAUCGGUGGUAGAGGAAUCAUAUGAAAGUCACCGAGCAAGUUACGGCCUGGAGGAGCAAUAUUGAUGUCAUACCGAACCAUGCGCCACCUAUACAUCCCUUCGAUUCCCAUCGACGUCUGCUCUCCAUUCUGAACGACGACCCCUACGUUCCCGGCGAGGUCCCAGAUGAUACGCCAACACUCAAUGCUCGUGAGUGGGACAGGUGGUUCCUUCUGACACUCCUCGGCAAGCAACGCUAUGACGACAGGAAGGCGUCCGAGGAACGAGAGGUAUUCUGGCGCGCCAUACAGCAUGACCUACUCACCGAUCCCAACGACUGGCUGGACUUCAUGCGUGGCAAGAGGGACGAUGAGACCCAGCACCAUCGCGCCGGUCGCGAUGAACGAACAGAUGAGAUAUAUAACAAUAUGACAUCGGUUAGUCCAUCGGCAUUGGCGACGACGAUGCCAGACCACUCAUACCAUCCGCCGAUGCCUCGCCACCAGCAAGAGGCACACCAAACAACAUAUCCAGCCUCACCGCCUCCGUCUCUCGCCUUGGAUGAUGGAUAUCCGGCUCGAUCCUCCAGUUGAUAGGCUUGGUCGUUCAGGCUGCGUAAUACCUAUCUACAGAGGAGAGGAA